CUCCUCCUCCGGCGGCGCGGAAGUUUCUGGCACCUUCUGGCGGUGCCGGCGGAAGCGGCGGGCGGGCAGCGGCGGGGCCGGGGCAGCGCCAUGGCCAAGUGGGGCCAGGGAGACCCGCGCUGGAUCGUGGAGGAGCGGGCGGACGCCACCAACGUGAACAACUGGCACUGGACGGAGCGGGACGCGACCAGCUGGUCCAAGAGGAAGCUGAAGGAGGUGCUGGAGGGGCUGGUGGUGGAGGGCGAGGCCGGGCGCUGCGAGAUCGGCGACCUCAAACACGUGGAGGGCGAAGCGUCCUGCAACAGCCGCAAAGGGAAACUCAUCUUCUUCUACGAGUGGAACCUGCGCCUCAGCUGGAAAGGUACAGUGAAAGAGUCUGGUGAGAAACAUAAGGGAUCUGUUGAAAUUCCUAACCUGUCAGAAGAAAAUGAGGUAGAUGAUACAGAGAUAAAUGUUAGCAAGAAGAAAGGGGAAGGUGAUGUUCUGAAGGACCUGAUGAGAACUGAAGGAACCACCAAAGUCAGAGAGGCCCUGAGGGACUACCUGAAAGCACUUAAAACAGAGUUCACCUUGGGAAUGAUCCUGCCAACAAAAGCUCCUGUUGGUCAGGAACUGGCCAUGGAGCGAAAACCAAGUGGGAGCACUGUGCAGGACUCUGUUACACCACAGUCUCUGGAUAUGGUUGGAGUAAAAAUUCCAACAGUGAGGAUACAUAUGAGGGAAGUCUUCAACUCUCCAGCUGAUGAACUUUACAGCAUCUUCACAAAGAAGGAAUUGGUACAGAAGUUCACCAAAUGCCCAGCUGUGAUUGAAGCAGAGAAAGGAGGCAAACUCCAGAUGUUUGAGGGCUGUGUCAGCGGUGAAUACACAGAACUGGUUCCAAGCCAAAGAAUUGUCCUGAAGUGGCGGUGUAGGAGCUGGCCUGAUGAACAUUAUGCAACUGUGGCCUUGAACUUCCAGGACCUGGCAGCUCAGUCAGAACUGGAGCUGGAAUGCAAAGGGGUUCCUGUCUCCCAUGAAGAGAGUACAAGACAAUGUUGGAAGAAGCAAUAUUUUGAAGAAAUACAUAUUUUACUGCAGCAAUCAAAAGACAACAUGGAAUGAUAACAGCACUGUAGUUUUGUUAGGGCAUUACUUUUUAUACUUUGUUAACAUUUGGUUUUCUAAAAAAAAAAAUAAUUUAUUUGUGGGAAAAAUAAAGACCCACUUCUAUGAGACUGUACAUAGUUUAAGCACUAUUUAUGGGUUUUUAGGGAAUGAGAGGCAAGUCAGACUGUAUAUCAACAGCUUUACUUGGGGACAGUGAUCUCUGUUCUGCUUGCCUGGAACUUCAGAGUGAUAAUGAUUCAGCUGCAGUGAGCCCUGCCCUCAGAGGUAGGCAAGCUACACCAUCAACAGGAAGCAUUUCCAGUUCUUUAAUAUUCAGUGUAUCAAGUGGCAAAAUUAAAUCCCUGUAGGAGACUGAGUUCCCAGCAGAGGUGAGCUGAAAGGGAUUACAAAACUGCUGAUCCAUUUCAAGAAAUGGGGGGUGGGGGGGGGUAUUAUUUACAACCUUUGUGGAAUACUUGCUAGAUGCUUUUCAAGUGCAGACUGUUUGCAGCUGCAGUUUUAGGAAAGAUAAUUAACAAUGUCAUUUAAUGAUUAGGUCUGCAUGCACUGUACUCCCUUACUUGACUUCGGUGUGACAUUUAUUUAGGAAGAAACAAACGGUAGUAGUGCUUUCUUUCUGCAGUUCUGUAAAACCUUCCACUGAAAUGAUUCAUAGCCCUCUGCAAUGCUGUACCUCAAAGAGAACAACUGUAAAGAGAAUUUUGACAGGAACAAAUUGUAAUUCCUAAUUAAACCAUCUUGAAGUGAGCAAGGAUAACUUAGUUCUCAAAUGCGUUAUAAAUAAAGUGUACAAAUGAAAAAACAAUUUGACCACAACAGGGCACGCUGCUUUUGGAAAAUGUGCUUGGCUCAAUAAAAACAUGACUUUAUCUCCACAAACUGAUACUGCCACACUAAAGAUUCUUAGAAGUCUGUAUAUUUUAUUUUUACAGAAUGCCAACACAUGGCACCCUUGCCACCCAAAAAGCUUCCAUCAUCCCGAGGAGACCGAGCUACUGCUCCCUGCUACAGGCCAGGUUCUCCUGAAAAGUUUGCAGUCAGUUAUUAACAACCCCUCUGAACUGAGGUCUGUGGUAGUGAGAAGAACAAAGUCCCCACAGUGACAGGAGAGGCAUGGAAGACUCCCUAGGUGUUGCCUGCUGUUGCUUGAAGUGUCCGGGUGCUAGAUAGAACAUUACUCAAGAGGUUGCUCCCUAUUUUAGCAUCUGUUUAUGAAUGCUCAAAAUUUAGUUACUUUUUUCCCUCCUCAACAUUCAAGGAAGACAAGCCUGAUGCUUUGAAUACAAAAAUGAUUCAGGGUAGGGGUUGACAAAGGGCAAUUAAGGUCUAAGUUCAGGCUUCAGCAGGUUUAUGGGUAGAUGGUUGAGGAGAUACUGCAAUGAUUAGAGAGUAGGUGGCUCUAUGCAAUUAAAAGUUUAUUCAAACAGUGAAA